GGAGGGAUAUAUUCAAACAACCCAAGCCGGAACUUGCUGGAUCGUCUUUAGCGAUAAUUGUAGAUAUAAUAUUGACGCGGUUUCGUAAAUAAUGCCGGUUUAAAGUCUUCUGGACCGGUUCUGUUCGGCUGUUGAGGGGCGGGAAGCGCGGAAGUCACGUGAACCCGGAACCCCGGCGCUGAAAGGCGGUAAAUCCCGGCUCCUCGCUCCUGUAGCCGGCAUGCUCCGCGUUUCCUCGCCGGCGCACCGGCGCCUGCUGGCGGGCCUGAGCCUGCUCCUGGCCCGGCUCUGCUGCUGCUCCGCGGCGGUUCCGAACAUCGCCGCCUACUUCGGAACCAAGACCCGCUACGAGGAGGUGAACCCGCUCCUGCUGCGCGACGUGCUGGCGGUGAACGCGUCCGCCCUGAAGCCCCCGCCCACCGAGCGCUGCUCUCCGGUCCACCUGACCGCCGUGGUUCGGCACGGCAGUCGGUACCCGACCGUAAAGAACAUCCGCAGGAUCAACAGGCUGAGCGAACUGGUCCGGACCGAGGCGGCCCGUGCUCCGGGCGGAUGGCUGCUGGAGCUCCAGAGCCGCUGGGAGUCGUGGUACACCGAGGACAUGGACGGUCAGCUGGUGGCGAAGGGCAGGGCGGAGCUGCAGCAGCUGGCGCGGCGUCUGGCCUCCUUGUUUCCGUCUCUGCUGUCGGAGGACAACGUGAGGAAGAGGAGGGUGAGCUUCGUCAGCAGCUCCAAGCACCGCUGUGUGAGCAGCGUGGAGGCGUUCCAGGAGGGCCUGCAGCAGCACUGGGGUCACAGCGAUGAGGCUCCGGACUACAGCCACAGGGUGGACGACGAGCUGAUGCGCUUCUUUGAGCGUUGCCGUGGUUACGUGGAGGGGGUGGAGAACAACCGGACGGCGCAGCUGGAGAUGGAGAAGUUCAAACACGGCGAGCAGAUGGACGCUGUGAGGAGGAGGGUCGCAGAGACGUUGGGCCUCCCGUUCCAUCGCCUCACACCAGAUCUGCUGGAGGCGGCCUUCUUCUUGUGUUCGUACGAGCUGUCCAUCAAGUCCGUCCACUCGCCGUGGUGCUUCCUGUUCAACGAGAACGACGCCAAGGUUCUGGAGUACAAGUCGGACCUGAAGCAGUACUGGAAGCGCUCUUACGGGUACGCCAUCAACAGCCUGUCCAGCUGUCCCCUCUUCCACCACGUCUUCAGGAUGCUGGACAAGGCGGGGCGUCCUCGCAGGUCCACAGAGGCAGCUCCAGAACCGGCCUCCAUCCUGGUGGGACAUGCUGAAACGCUGCUUCCUCUUCUUUCUCUGCUGGGGCUGUUUAAGGACAAGACUCCGCCCACUGCCAGUAACUACCAAUCACAGCACGACAGAACCUUCCAGACCAGCCGGAUCGUCCCGUAUGCCGCCAACCUGCUCUUGGUUCUGUACGACUGCCAGCGCGGGCCGCGGCUGCAGAUGCUGCUGAACGAGACGCCGCUGAGGUUCCCCGGCCUGCCGGAGGACGCGCCCCUGUACCGGGACGUCCGGGCCGCCUACCGCCACCUGCUGGACGGCUGCGACUUCCACGCCGAGUGCGAGGGCAGAGCCGGGGGCCGCGGGCCCAGCACUGAGCUCUGACGCUACAGAACCAGAACGUCCGGCUCCUCCGGACCCGAACGCAUCUUAGCAGGUGUUCAGCUCUGAUCUAGCCCCGCCCCCAUCAGUGUGAGGGCGGAGCUCUGGCUUAAGUGGCGACUCUCAGGGUGUCAUGCUGGUUACCGGCUGAAAUCUGCAACAGGAAGCACACUUUCAAAGUAAAAGCCUUUAUUGCAGGGAGUGAAACGCAGCGAUGUCUUCAGAGGGACGAACCUUCCCGCCGGAGGUUUGAUUUCUGGGUUCAUUCUUUGAGCUUUAGGGUAAUUUAUUCUUUGUCGGUUCGUUUUGAGAAUUCUUCCGCUAAGAUUUGAGGGUCAAAUCUUCAUCAGGGUCACUUUCUGCUCCUUUGUGCCAAAAUCCAACUUUUGUUUUUGCCAAAACAUUUUAAAAUAAAAGCUUUACUUGUUUUCUUUAA